AUGUUUGCAAGAGUUGAAUACUGGAACCAAAGAUACGAUAGAGACGAGUCAAAGUACGAUUGGUUCAUUGGUUACGAGGCUUGCAAGAGAAUUCUCGAAAGAAAUGUUAAAAAUUUUCAUAGAAUUUUGCACUUAGGUUGUGGCAACAGCAGCCUGCCUAUCGACAUGUGGCUGGAUGGCUACAAAGACAUCACAAACAUGGACUACUCACGAACCGUUAUCGAGUCUAUGCAGCAAAGAACUAAAAAUAUGGAGGGCCUCAAAUGGAUAGUGGCCGACAUAAAUAAUAUGACGGGUGAUGCCUUCCAGUCUGAGAAAUAUGACGUCAUCAUAGAGAAGGGUACCCUAGACGCUCUUCUGGCUUCGGAGGUCGACCCUUGGAUCUGCUCGCAGGACACGGAAACUAUGAUGGAUCAUAUUCUUAGGAAAAUAAGUGCCUUGUUGAGAGAUGGUGGACGAUUUAUCAGCAUAACGUUUGCACAACCUCAUUUUCGCGUGCCUUUAUACGCAUUGUCACAGUAUGGUUGGAGUGUCCGCUAUGAAACUAUUGGCGAUCACUUUCACUAUUUCUGUUACGUCAUGACCAAAGGAGAGAAGCUGGAUGACGUCAGCAUAGAAUAUCGAAUUAAAUACACAGAGAGAAGAGAUAGGAAACUUUUUCAGACGGCCGAUAAUAGAAACGACGAUAAUAAUAACGACAGUGACAACGAUGAUGAGUUUCUAAGCAGAAUUAGCGAAAGCGUGUGA